AGAAGUCAUCUUCGUUUGAGAUUCAUGAAUAGAACUAUCGCUUCUAGCAUACUGUAAAAUCAUCUCAUACAUCGAAAAGAAUUCUAUUCCUUAAUAAGUCAAUUCUUAUUUGCAAUAUGUACUUUUACAUUAGAGCUCUUUUUUGGUAUCUUAUUCUAUUUAUAAGAAUUCAGAUCAGGAUAAUUGCAGACUAUUCUAAAAAAACAGAACAGAAAUGAACAUAUCUAUUGUAAUAUUAAUCUUUACAUGUUCAGUUAACCAGCUGAUCAGCUUACACGAUUGAAUUUCACCAUCUUCUUACAUAAAGCUAAAAACUUCCAACUAUGUUAAGUUGCGAUUGAAUUGUUAUUAUUUUCACAUAGUUCACAAAGUUCUACAAUGUUUAUUUGUUCAGUUUCAUCAAUUCGAUUUAAAAAAAAUGAAUAGUUUCGUCCUGUUUCUCAGUAACAUUAGUUAAUCAUACAAGAUUCAAAGAUAAAACACUUAUAAGGACACACUGAAUGCUUCUUGUCAGACCUUAACAGAUCAUACAAGAUCUAAAACAAAGAAACAUACACGGUACAUAAUGUAGAUCUUGCCUGUUAUUAUCUGUUUGUGUAUGGUGUGUUCUGUUCUUUCACUUGUUUGAGAAUAGUUGACUCCAUCAGCUUUUCUAUGAAGAACAGUAUCUGAAAAACAGGAUCAAGCAGUGUACCUAAUUUUUUUCUUCUUUUUCUAUACUAAUAGUAUACAAAACGGUUACUUCUAUUUCUUAUUUUUCUGUGGUGACAAAAUAGUAAAUUCUAUUUAGUUUUUAUUUUUCUAUAUUGAUGAUAUAGAAACAGUUAUUUUUGUCCUAUUUGUCUAUAGUAAUAAUAUAGAAAAUGCUGAUUUUCGUUUAUUAUUUUUUUUUGCAUUCGUGAUAUGGAGAAUCUUAUUUUUCUACAUUGGUAAUAAAGAUAACAGUUUGUUUUAUUCUCUAUUUUUUGUAUAUUGUUGACAUAGAAAAUUGUAUUUUUUAUUUUUCUAUUAUUAUCAAUACAGAAAAAUAAGAAAUAUAAAUAGGAUUUUCUAUAUUAUUAAUAUAAAAAAAUGAGAAAUAAAAAUAGGUUUUUCUAUAUUAUCAAUAUAGAAGAAUAAAAAAUGACAAUUAAGAUUUUCUCUAUUAUUGCUAUAGAAAAAUCAAAAAUUAAAAUUCAGAUUUUCUAUAUUAUCAAUCUAAAAAAUGAAAAACAAUAAAUAAGAUUUUCUAAACUACCAAUUUCGAAAAACAAGAAAUGAAAAUUUAGUUUCGUAUAUUAUUGAUAUAGAAAAAUAAGAAAUAAAACCAACUGUUAUCUAUAUUACCAACAUAGAAAAAUUAAAAUUAAAACUAAUCAUUAUUUAUAUUAUCAAUAUAGAAAAUAAGAAUUAACAAAUAUGGCUUUCUACAUUAUUAAUAUAGAAAAAUGAGAGGUAAAAAUGGGAUUCUCUAUAUUGCCAAAAUAGAAAAACAAGAAAUAAAAAUGGAAAUUUCCAUACUACAGUAUAGAAAAAUGAAAAAUAAUGAAUAGGAUUUUAUAUAAUAUCAAAUAUAGAGCAAAUGUUGACUGUACUUGUUCUAAAAUAAGACUGAAGUUUAUGUGCAAAAAAACCGAAGCAAGAUAGCCGAUCAGACUAAUCAUGUCCAUAUGUAUAAGAAAUAUUUGAGAAGUUUGAUUUAAUUGAAAUAAAUCUAUAGUAUUAAUAAGCAUUUCACAUAGCUCUAUGCCAUCAUCUAUAAGUAGAAUACAAAAUUACCUACUAGAGUUUUAUGUCUCACAAUCUCUUUGAUUUAAAAAGCAGAAAGUGUUGUUUUGAUUCUCACUCUCAUCUUCGAGUUGUUUGACACAUAAUUAUAGUUCUCAUACCGUUUUACACAUAUUUUUUUUGUCGAUGGAAGACAAUAAAUAAUACUAAAAUGUAUUUUCUUCCAAUUGCACUGAGACAUUAAACAUAUUAAAAAUACAUAACAUCACAUAAUAAAAAUGAAAAUUGAUUAAAUAGUAUUAAAUUUAAUCAAGAUCUCGAUUAUAGCUAGAUUCUUCAUAGAUAAAUUAAGAAGGAUGAAAUUAUUUAAAUUAUUUUUAGAGAAUUUUAUAAAACUGUAUGACAUUUUUUAUUAACUUCAUCGGUUCUGUAACUGUCCAUUCAAGAUAUAAUCAUGGAAGUAUUGUUUCUAGUCUAAAGCUCAACGCAGUAUCAAUAUAAAUCUUUAGAAAAUUCUAGACAAACAAAACAAAACUUUCUUCUAAGAUUUAACCAGUGCAGAAUGCGAUACAAUAAAAAUUUGAAGGGAAGAAAUCUUCACACUUAUUGCUAUUGAGAAUAUCUAAAAUCAUGAUGAAAACUUUUACGAUCGUUUUUUUUGUGAGAAUCCUCAAAAAUUUACACCUAUUGAAUAACCUACAAAACAAAAAUUUGCAAAGAUUUUAGAUCAAGGUUUCGAUGGGAGAUUCGUAUUGUCUUGUAAAGAAGCGAAAAUAUUUAAUUGUAGAAAGAUCGAAAUCGAUCCGUGACCGAAACUGCUAUUGUUUAAAAAACCGUGUCCCAUACACCCACACCCAAUUAAGUUGAAAAUUUGUAAUACAUUAGAAAUGAAUUCAAAAUAAAAGAUUUGAUUGAUUCGUAUUAUAGAUUAUUGUUUGUGCUACAAUGCAGAAUAAUGAACAUGACAGAUUCUUCAAAUAUUCUUGAACUUGGGAAAGAUUUGUUUUUGAGUUCUUUUCAUCUACUAAAAUUUGAACUUACGUAUUUUUUUAUCUAAACUUAUCUUAUUUAGCACUUCGAUUAGCCUUUCUACAAACUACUUGUUUGUUUGAGAUUCAGGAAUAAAUUACUCAAUAAUAAGUAUAAUGCAAAAUUCAUGGCAUAAAAUACUUUCGAAUGAUGUAUGAUUUAUAUAUGUCACACAUUCGUAAAUGGAAUAAGAAAGAAAAAUACUUACACAAAAAAUUUGUAAUUUUUUUAUAUGAGUCAGUCUAAAAACGUCUUAUGCAUGGUAGUUAAGUAUGAUUAACUAUUGUUAUUGUGUAGCAAGAUGUUUUUAACGAGUUCGUAUAAAAGUUGCAAAUUUAUUUUGUCUCAUUUCACUCAGAAAUGUGUGACGAACAUAAAUCAUACACCGUUUCCUAUCAACUGAUAACAAAAUUGUUUUUCCUUACGUUCAAAUUCAAUUAUAACUCAUUUUAUUGUAAAAUCCAAACAAUAAAAAAUAAAAUAAUUUUUAAAUAUAUUUCAAACUCGAACUAACGAAAUCAGUGAAUAUGUUGAAAAAAUUCGAUAUCAAAGAAAAUUUCAUUUACGAUCAAAAUCCAAGUUCAUCGCAAUUUUUCACAUUACCAGUUAAAUUUUAGUUAGUUUUAGUAAAACUACCGAUUCUUACACAAAAUAUUUGAAAAAAAUCAACAAUAUUUUUUUUUUCAACAUUGAGAAAAACCAGAUUCUAAUCAAGUUCAUAAGUAAAAAACUUUUGUAAUUGAGAGCAGUUCAAUACUGUUUAAAACAAAUGAGAAGGACUCAUUUCAAUGACAUUGAUGUUUAUUUUUACUUCAUACUUUUGUUUCAUUUCAGUACCAACACUACGUGCAACUUCCAUUGAUAUUCAUCCGAAUGCAAAAUGGUCACAGAAUGGUAUCACUGUUGCUGGAGGAAAUGGAGAAGGCAGUAAAACCAAUCAACUCUAUUGUCCAUGGGGUUUGUACGUCGACGAUGAUCAAACGAUUUAUAUCGCUGAUCAUUGGAAUCAUCGUAUUGUGGAAUGGAAAUCUGGUGCAACGAAUGGAAAAGUAGUUGCUGGUGGAAAUGGAGCUCAUCAAUUAAAUCGCCCAUGUGAUGUGAUUAUCGACAAAGAGAGCGAUAGUCUCAUCAUCAGCGAUAGAUGGAAUAACAGAGUAGUUCGUUGGCCUCGUGGCAAUGGUAUUCGUGGAGAAACAAUUAUUUCAAAUAUCUCUUGCUUCGGUUUGACAAUGGACGACAAUGGAUUUCUCUAUGUCGUUGACAUUGUAAUACAUGAAGUGAGACGAUAUAAAAUUGGUGACACUAAAGGAACAGUAGUUGCAGGUGGUAAUGGAAAAGGAAAUCGUCUCGAUCAACUCUCUAAUCCCCACUACGUAUUUGUCGAUCGAGAUCAUUCAGUUUAUGUGUCUGAUCUUGACAAUCAUCGUGUAAUGAAAUGGGAAGAAGGUGCAAAACAAGGCAUUGUUGUAGCCAGUGGUCAAGGACAAGGAAAUAGUCUUACACAAUUGAAUGAUCCUGAAGGAGUCGUUGUCGAUCAAUUGGGUACUGUCUAUGUGGCUGAGUGGGGGAAUCAUCGAAUCAUGCGUUGGUCAAAAGGAGCCACACAAGGAAGUGUCAUUAUUGGUGGAAACGGUGAAGGAGCACAGUCGAAUCAACUCUAUUGUCCCGUAGGUUUAUCAUUCGAUCGGCAUGGUAAUCUCUAUGUCGUCGAUUGGGGAAAUCAUCGAGUACAAAAAUUUAAUAUCGAAUGA